UUUGGAAACCAUGUACAAAUCUUUUAGUUUUUUGGUUUUACUCGAUUUAAACUGCCACACUAGCCACUAGGUUUCGAACAUUGAAAGUAUAUCUGCGUCCUGCAAGUGAGGGGGGAUGACUGAACACCGAAUUAUUCAUGUCGCCCACGAAAUACUUUAACAUGUGAUAAAUAUAUGUAUUAGUAAAAAUGUUUCUAAGGUUUCCCGUCGAUGACAGUGUAUUUCUCCGUGUUGUACAAAUCUCUUUGUUGCGUAUUGCAAAUAUAUUUUUUUUCGAGACAUGAUACAACUGGUUACAAACAUGGAAAACGGCGAAACGACACCAAAGAAUUUGUCCAAAGUUGAUGGCUUCUCGUUGGAAAUGAACUCUGUUUCUCCUGCUCAUCCUCAGCCUCAAACGUCUGUUGGUCCGACAUGCGUUGCUUACGCGGUAGGAAAAUUUGAAAAUGCUCAUAUAAGCAUAUUUCAGGCAGCCAGAGAUGGCCGACUUGAGAUUUUAAAGAACAAACUUGCAAAACAGGGACGGGACGUAAACAAGAAAGAUGGGUCAAAUGCAACAGCCUUGCAUUAUGCUGUACGCUUCAAUCACAUUGAAAUUGUCAAAUACUUGAUCAAGAAAGGAGCAAAUCCCAUUAUUUCUGGUGAGGAUGGUGCCACACCCUUGCAUUAUGCAGCACGAUAUAAACCUGCGAAUGUUUUGAAGCAAUCAAAGUCAACUUUAUCCCCUACUAAUGUGACUAUGGGAGAUCACGACGAAGAUGAGAGCCCUAAUGACAACCUACUUGAUGAGGUGACACCCGAUUUAGCAGAUGGUUCGGUAGACAGUUCAGAAUCCGUUUUACAAUAUCUGCUCAGAAAGUCACACUCAAAUGUCAAUUGUUCUGAUAACUAUGGUUCAACACCGCUACAUUAUGCAGCAAGCAGAGGUAACCCAAGAUCUGUUGAGGAGCUCAUCAAGAAUGGCAAAGCUGAUGUUAAUGCACGAGACAAGCAACGCACAACCCCCCUGCACGAGGCUUGCAGUCAAGGUAAUCCAUUAGUGGUACGACAGCUAAUUCAGGCGGGGGCGGGUAUUUUAUUGAAGGAUAACGAGAGAUUGACACCGUUGCACUACGCUGCCAUGAAUGAAAGACUUGAUUGCGUUAAGACAAUAGUUGAUGCUGCUGAAGUUGAUGGAGGAUUAAACUUGGUGAAACAGAUUAUCUCUGAGGUGGACCGAGAAGGCCAAACUGCUCUUCACAUUGCGGUCGAUGCUGGUGCCAAAACGACGACAAAAUAUUUACUGUCGAAAGGUGCGGAGGUGAACGCAGUGCGUGUUAACAUGGCGACUCCGCUACAUCUCGCUUCAACGGCUGGCGACUAUGAAACCGUUGAACUGUUAAUCAAGUUCAAAGCCAAUGUUGAGGCAAAGAAUAUAAAUCAUGAGACUCCUCUUCAUAAAGCUGCAUUAUUCAAUCAUGUGGGCGUUAUUAAUCUGCUUCUUGAUUCUAAAGCUAACAUAGAGAGCAGAGAUAAGGACCAUUACACACCAUUGCUAGUUGCUGUUGCUCAGGGAAACAAAGAUGCAACGGAUGCCUUGCUGAAACGCGGGGCAAAUAUUCGUGUCGUCGACAGUUCAGAUAAAACAGUCAUAUUUAUCGCAGCCGAGGAGAAUUGCUUGGACAUUAUGGAGAUAUUGGUGCAUCACCCAAAAGCAAAAUCCUUACUAGAAGAAAGCAACAAAUAUGGAAACACCCCCCUUCAUAUUGCUGCAAAGAAAGGAUUUAUUAACGUUGUGAGACUUUUACUGUCUAAUGGUGCUGUUAUCAAUGCUUUCAACUUGGAGGAACGGACAGCUUUACAUUUGGCAGCUGCCAGCGGAAAAGAAAACAUUGUCAAAGAGUUAAUGCUCAAAGAUGGAACUAUUAUCAACGAUGAAGACGCUGACUCCAAUACAGCUCUUCACUUGGCAUCGACCUAUGGCCAUUAUCGGGUUGUGGAAGCCUUACUAGAUAAAGGAGCUAUCAUUGAUGCAAGAAAUCAAUAUGCUUGGACACCGUUAGAUUGCGCGGCCUCUCGAGGUUGGACCAAAACUGCAAUGGUCUUGAUCGAGUUUGAUGCUCCCAUUGAUCCAAUAGACAAAGCCAGAGUGACUCCUCUUCAUCUUGCUUCAAAAUCUGGUCAUGUGGAUAUGGUGAAAUUAUUAUUAAAUUAUGGUGCUGAGGUUAGUCUACAAGAUUCUACUGGAAGAAAUGCAUUGGAUAUGGCCAUUGACGAGGGACACAAAGCGUGUGCGUUAGAAAUCCUGAGCCGAGAAGACUGGCGCAGAGCCAUGCGCAGUCGUUCUGUUGAAAGAGGGGUUAUAACGACACCACUGCGAAAAAUGAUUGUUAAAGAACCAGAUGUAGCUGAAAUCGUAUUUAACAAAUGUACCACGCUCGGUAAUGAUUUAGCGGAAAAUCAUGACUUCGAAGUCAAACUGGACUACGAGUUCUUGGAAGAUAUUUACGCAAAUUGGCCGGAAGUCGUAGACGAUGAUGUCAGUAUUGCUAGUGAUAUGAAGCCUCUAUUUGAUCAUUCUGAAUCAAUUUCUGGCGAUGAUGAACAGAACGAGGAGUUUAGAGCCAUUGGGAUGAUGCCGGAUGAUGAUAUAUAUCGAGAUUUGGAACGAAAACGAAAUCAUCCUCUUAUGUUGAUGGUAGAACAUGGUCGAGAAACUCUCAUUUCACAUCCGCUGGUCGUAUUUCUUCUUGAUCGAAAGUGGAGCAUGUAUGGGCGAAUUUUGUUUUACUUAAAGCUUCACUUGUUUCUUUUCUUUCUUGCCUUUCUCACUGGUUAUGUUAUCAUGACAACUCCUUCUAAAUUUGGUGUGAAGUUGAAUGGAAAGUUAAUGAAUUGCACAAUCACUGAAGACAACGAUAGUUUAGCUUUUGACGUUUUCGUCGAGAAAGGACGUUUCAUACUUCUUAUCCUGGCUUGUGUGCACCUUUUAUUUGAGUUGAUUCAAAUGAUAUACCAGCGUUGGAGUUAUAUCACCGAUUAUACCAAUUACUUUGAAUUGGGAGUGUAUAUUUCAACUAUUGUAUAUGUUGGUGCUGAUUUUGACCUUUCCUUUGUUGAUAAAUCACUGACUGGACAAAGUUGCAGCUUAUGGCGUGUCAAUGUUGGUGCUAUCGCAAUAUUUCUCGCGUGGAUCGUGUUGGUAUUGUUUGUGAGAAAAUUUCCAAUGUUUGGCAUUUACAUUGUGAUGUUUCAAGAUAUUUGUCUCACUUUUCUACGAUUUUCAAUUAUUCUUGGUCUUUUCACCGUUGCUUUUGGCUUAGCGUUUUAUACCAUGCUUCAUCGACACUGGACCAAGCCCUUCAGGACGCCUGCUCUAAGUUUACUGAAGACUUUUGUGAUGGUGUCUGGCGAGUUUGAAUACGAUUCUGGUUUCAGUGACAACGAAGAUUUCCCUUUCUUUUCUUACGUACUCUUCACUCUCUUCAUCGUAGUUAUGACGAUACUUCUCAUGAAUUUGUUGGUUGGUCUUGCUGUUGACGACAUUAAAGAAGUACAAGCCCAAGCUAACUUGAAACGACAAGCUAUGCUGGUGGACCUCGCUUUAAAUAUAGAGAAGGCCUUUCCUCGUUUCAUUCGUCGCAAUAUGAUUCCAGACGUUGAAACACGACAUCCAAACUGGUUGAGGGAAAGAUUAUUGAAUUCCUUGGAUGGGCAAAGUAUUCGGGAAAGAUUGCGUUUGGAAAAGACGCCAUUCGAAAAGAUAGAAUCUAAGCAAGAAGAAACAAAAGAGACGGUUCGAAAACUAAAGGCUGACGUUAAUCUACUGAACAGCCGUGCUGAAAAAAUUGAAAUGAUGUUGACGGCAAUAGUUCGUCAUAUGGAACUGACUAUAAAUGAAGACGAGUUGGACGAAGAAAAUCUGUGACAUUUAGAGACAACUUUCACUUUACUUCUUCACAAAAUCGCAAUUCCGGACAAGGGUAAUCAUGGUUAUAAAAACUUACGAUCUUUGUAUUUGGUUUGAAGAGAGGUGAUGACCUACAGGGUUAAGUCGGCAACAAACAUGAUUAAUAUUGCUGUCGUUUUCAAGGCAUUGAUGAUGAAAGUGUUUAAGCUGGUACUAUGACGUAAAAACUUCAUUAUCAAACUUGCAAAACGACAAUUUGACAUGAAAAGUUACAAAACAAGAAAAAAUUAUAAGGUUAAUUUACAUAGAUUUUGUUAUGGUUGUAAAAUUAUAUGAUGUGCACAAAUACUUGACUUUACUGAAUGGUCUCAUCCCCUCAAGCUGUUAAAAAUAGCUUAAAUGUUGUAAAUAUUUAUGAAGUAGUCUGAAAGUUGAAAAUUCACAAUCGAUUGGUGUUUUGAAUUUUGAAUUCUAAACAUAAUAUGCAAUCGCUUGUUCAGAUAAUCGAAAUAGUUAUCUGCAAGUCGAUGGUUGAGUAAUUGCAUCGACGACAAAGCCUAUGAAAACGUAUUACCUUUAUUACUAUACAAUAAAAUCAUGCAAAUGUU